GCGACCGACCCAAAGGUCAAGGUGGCGAUGUCCAAGGACGACGCCGACGACGGCAGGGCACACUACAGGGACCACCCCAUCAUCGAGUUCGGCGAGAAGUUCGCCCUGGAGCGGGAGCAGCUGGACCCCAACCUCGUCGCCUUCCUGUGGGCCAGGACCGACGCGCUCCUCGCGCUC